UUAAUAUAACAUGUCAUACCUGUGCUAAACAGUGGCUGAAGGUAAACACUGAUUAUAACUAAAAGGUACAAAAAAAAAAAAGUCAGACUACAGUGAUCAUGUACUUUUGUAUUUAUGACAUUUCAUUACAAACAUGAAUGUUAUAACUUAUGCGGCUGCAUUUGCAGUACUACAAUGCUGAGUCCAAGAGCUUUAUUUUAUAUCAUGUAACUAACUUAUAAUCACUCUAUCUGGCAUUCCGGUGAGUUGUUGUAUCAUACAAGGUAACAGUGAGUAGGUCCACAACACGGGAGUGUUUGACUGCUUGGGACCCGACUUUGCCAUUGUUACUCCAGGAAAAAGGAAGGAGAUGUUGGGAAUUUCACAUGGACAUCCUCAGACGGCACACCAGCUUUACUUCAGAAUAGUAUCUUCACUUGCUGUAAGGAGAGAGUAAAAUAAGUGGGAUUAGUACAUUUAGAAUUUUACAUAGCAAAUAUGGUUUAGUCUCCCAAUUUAUUGUGCCAUGCAGCGCCAACUGUAUUACACUGUAUACUGGUGGUGUUAUUAUUGAAUCCGCUUACUGGAAACUGUGCAGCAUGCAGUUGUAUGCAUGUGCAAACUGAAUAUUUGACAUGCAGGAUUAAGGCUGUAGAGGCUACCUUCUGCAAGCGCCUUGGCGAUGCGCUCCUGCUCCUCGCGAACCUUUUUCUCCUCCUCCUCAAUCCUCCUCUCCUCAGCUGCAAUUGGCUUCAGGUUUUCUGAGGAAAUUAGCGGUUUAAAAAAUUAUUAUCAUUAUGUAAGGAAAAUGGCACCCAAUAUUGACUGGAAUUCAAAAGGACAUUUGGUAACAUUAUCUGAAGUGCACAUAUUGUUAAGAUGCACCAAGUAAAUAUGGUAUCUAUACAUAGACCGGACAUAUACGAGCCUAAAGUGUCACAUCCUCCUUAAAUAAGAUGCUGCAGGAACUGAAUGAAGAUCAAUCAUCUUUGGACCUUUAACAUUUUAUUACCUUUAAUCCAGUAACUGGAGUUUAUAAUCUCAUUUGUCAAGUUAAUGCGAAGCAUGCUUUUUUUGUAAGAGGAUCAGGUUUUAAACUAUGUUUAGAGUGUUUUUCCACCCUCCCGGUCCAAAUUACUGUUAUAUUCAAUAUAUUACGGUGGGUUUAUCUCAGUGCACUGUUCCAGUAAAGUGCAUCAUUACUAAUAAGAAUAACUCACCAUAUCUUUUUUUGCCAUAGAUGAUGCCAGCAAUCAAAGCUGAAUACCUUGCUGUCUGUGAAGGAGAAACCAUGCAAAUUAAUGCCAGUGGUGGUGCAGUCCCUACAAAGUUGUCAUACAAGUGACAGUAUAUCUACAAGUUGCUGCUGGCUGCAGGUCCCUGUGGAGCAGAAGAGCAUUCCCCCUUUUUUCCUCAUGUCCCCCCCUGUGUGUUUCCCUGUGUGUUAGUGACCACGCACCCCCACCCACCCCCCACCUGAUCCCUCCUGUCGUGUCGCCACUCCAGCCUGAAGCCCCCCUCUCACCCCAUGCUUGGGACAAAGCCAGCUCACUGCCAGCCCAAUGACUGCCUGGAUCGUCCUGCCUGUCAGCCUGUCUGCCUUCUCCAUCACAGGAAUAUGGAUAGUGUAUGCCAUGGCUGUGAUGAAUCACCAUGUUUGUCCUGUGGAGAACUGGUCUUACAAUGUAACAUGCACAGAGGAGCUACCGCGACCAGGCUUUCCCAAGACGUGCUGCACCAUCCAGGACAUCCCCCUCAUCAGUAAAUGUGGCUCCUUCCCUCCUGAAAGCUGCCUGUUCAGCUUGAUCGGCAACGUUGGAGCCUUCAUGGUGGUGAUGGUGUGCCUUCUGCGCUACGCCCAGGUGAUCGAACACAGCCACCGAUGUUGGGUCAACACCAGCGCUCUGGUGUCCGGCUGCACCAAUGCUUUGGGCCUGGUCAUGGUGGGCAACUUCCAGGUUGAUCACGCCAAAUCUCUACACUACGUGGGUGCCGGAGUGGCAUUUCCAGCAGGGCUGCUGUUUGUGUGCCUGCAGUGUGUGCUCACCUACCGGGUGGCUGUGACCGCCCUCGACUACUGGAUGGCCCAUUUCAGAGUGGCUCUGGCACUGGGAGCCAUGGUCUCACUCGUCCUCAGCGGCAUCUUCUUCAUCCACGAGAGCUUCGUCCUGCAGCACGCUGCAGCCAUCUGCGAGUGGGUCUUCACAGUGGACAUCCUGGUUUUCUACGGCACCUUCACCUACGAGUUUGGCACCGUGACCAGCGAGACCAUGAUGACGGGCCUGCAGCAAUGUCACCACCACGGCUCAGGGGUUAUUAUGGGAGCCAGGGCCCGGGGCUCAAUACUAGGUGGGACGACUAAGGGCCUCAAGUCCCCCGGGGGGAGCAGCACAUCCACACAUCUCAACUGUACCCCAGAGAGCAUAGCCAUGUUGUAGUUCUGCAGCGCUGCCCACUGCAGAGGUGCUUCAUGGGCUCCCACAGGUAGGCAAGAUGACAGUGGCAGCAUGUGGAGGAAGAGAGGAUGUUUUGAUAUCUUUAACAACUACAGGAUAUCCCAUCUGUAAUGCUGUACUUUAUUUUUUAUUUUUAUUUUUUUCUCAAUGUUGGUGCAAGCUACUGCAGUCAAGUGUCCUGUAGCGAUGUUGAGAGGAGGCUGAAUGUGUGAAGCCAGUCUUGAGUACCGGAACCAUGAAUGUUUUCCGAGAUGGCUGUUGAUUUGGGCAGUUCCUUCGUUUCCUGAACUACCUUACACUCCUUACUUUUUAUAACUGUGCAUCACUGGCGUGCCCACAAAGAUUUCCCCCCUGCCCAGACACUCCUUCAUGAACUACCCAAUGCUUUGCGUGGCCCACCUGUUUUGGCCUUUUUUGCUUAUCUCUGCACGGCUACACUUUUUGAAUGAGAGAAUAACAAUUUAUGUUAGGAGUAUUUGGAUUUGCGUAGUAAGUAGAAACAUAUUGAAUGUUUGCGAAGUGAAUAGGUAACGGUUAUGUAUGUUUUACAGGCUGUAAGCAUAUGGCCUUUUUAAGUAAUCGAGCAUAAAUGAUCGGCAAAAAUCAUUCAUUUUACUCCACCAUUUAAUUUGAUUGCACAGAUGAUUUUGAAUGCAAAUUUUGAUGCCAUUUUUGGAUCAUUUUACAAACCUAUGUGUUUCUUGAGCCACUAUCAUUCUUAAGAUCACAUUCUAUGUCAUUGACAUGCAAGAGCAGAAUGUCUAUGUAAAACCACAGCUCUGCUCUGUUGUAAUGUCUAGGACCGUGUGCAUCUCAAUCACUUUUAUCUGAGAAUCUCUGAAGUCGUCUCCCUUGAUGUCAUUCCGUUAUUGUCCCACAUGUUGCGUGAUCUGAGGAUUUCUUUGUAACAUUUACAUUUCAUGCUACCUUUUUUUACUUGUCUGUCAUGUCCGGUGCAAUAAUUGCCAUCAAUCUUCUGAUAAUUUCUGCUCCACUCAUCAUACGUAUGAUGCCUUUUUCAGUGUGUUGGAGUUGAACACAGGGCGUUUUGCGUUUUUUAAAAAGUGACACCAAGACAUUUGAAGUGACCUACAUCUUAUAUAGUAAAACAAAUGGAUGUGUAAAGGUCAAAACUAUAAUCUGACUAACGCAUUUCCAGAAUAAUGUAGUUGUAGUUCUUGCCCCCACACUAGUCUCUCAUUACCAGAGCUAUCUCCACAGUGGUCUUUGGUGUUUUUUGCCCUCAACGUCUCCUCCCAGGCAGCGCAGCAAUGGUUAUGUUUAGGGUUAGGGUUAGCAGCCUGGAAGGCGCCGUUGGAGGCAAAAAAACACCGAUCCUCCACAGUGAGAGACGCACUGGAUGUCAGGCUUUAUCCAAGCAAUGUACAUCCGUGUAGCCAGACUACCCACACACUGAAAUGAUUCCAGGCUGGACCCUUGGAAGCCUUUAUUUGAGUUUUGUGAAUGUUUUCUGUUAAAUAUGAAGCUAUCUCAAGCCUUCUCAGUAGCGUAAGGUGAUGUUUUGUUCACAGGAGUUAACAGAGAGGUGAAUAUAAUGUUUGUAGACCUUGUGCCAUGAACCUAAUGGUGUCCAACACAGUGUUACAAACAGACAAUAGCAUACAGGCUGUAGACUGAAGGGACUGAAUGUCAUAUAUUAAGGUUGUGUAUGAUUCCCUGUUGCCAAUUUCUCUUUAUAAUGCUAUUUACAGUUGUGAAUUAGCUUCACACCAGACUGCCACAAACUACCAAUGCUCAAACUAAAGCUGACUAAUGCCACACAAUUUAGGUUACACUCAGUUUUUGUUGGAGUGAGCGAGCCGUUGGAGAAGUAUGUUUCAUAAAACAGUAUUCUGCCCUCUGCAUAGUAUUGAUACAUUAUUUUUAAAAAAUUUUUUUUUAACUGUAACCACUGGAUGCCAGCAAUACGUUAUUGAAAAGGUCACAUCACCUACCUCUUAUCUUCUGUGGGUUUGAUGUUCUGAAGCAAAAGCUAGGGUUCCUACGUGUUUGCCAUCUCGCAAUGGUUUGAGGUCGAGGACAGUAUUCAAUGUAAUGGCAGCUCAGCAAUCCAUAGCUCAAUCCACAAAGUCUCAGCAUGUGGCAGGACAAUGGAUCUGCUGUUACAAGCUGCGUUAUCAUGUGUCAGGUCAGUUUUCUUUGCUUUUUGUGCAAAUUAUUUAACUUCCAAAUCUUUUAUGGGACUGCAGCAAUCCUGUGUUCUGCAAAUCUUGCCAAAAAGGACUGGAAUCCACUGGAGUGUUCAUUGAUUUUCUGUGUCAGCAGUAGGUGUAUGAAUUGGUAUGAGUGCACUGUUCUAGCCUUAUCCCUCGUACUGUGCCAGGGGAAUGUUCAGAUCUUUUCUUUUUAAUCUUGUGUUCAGCUGUAGCCUGUUUCACCAAACUGUAACUAAGUCACACAGUGACUACAAAUGGCAGCUUGUAUGAGCCCUCAUCAGGGUUGGAUUUAUUCUGUAACAUCAUCUAUUCCAUAAUACCAUCUUCCACAGGCCAACAUUUUAAAAGUGGAUUUUACAACUUUUUUUUAAAUUUUUUUUUUUUUUGUCCAAAUGUACACACUUUGUUGGGGGGAGAAUCCUAUUUUACAAAAGGCUGCCUGACCUGUACAUGUCUUGAACUCUUGCAACAGCAACACAGAAACAAUGUCUAUAAAAAUGUAUGUCAUGUUUAGAAAAAUAUGUAAAAGAAUGGUAAUGGAGUCCGAGAAAUCCCAGAAAACAAGUCGACAACACAGAUUAUCGUUUCCUUUUAUAAAUUCUAUAAAUAUGUAUGAUUUGUCUAUCAUUUAGGUAUUUUCAUUUGACAGAGAUUUAUAUUCAAAUAUGAAAUAAAAUGAUAAAUUAU